AAUAUUAUUAUCAAUAAAUUAACAAAGAGGUACAAAAAUUUGGGGACACAACUUUAUUGCUCAAAUUAUAAAUUUCUGAUGCAUAGUUAUGAGCUACGGAUAGUUGAUAUAUGCACCCUUUUCCCUCCCUUUUAUACGCUCUCUUCUCCACUUCCCAAGAUCCCUACUUUUUUCUCUUUCCUUCACCUCUUCACAGAUUCGCCAACUCGGGCAACCAAAACGACUGAACACCCAAAAUCAUCAACCUCGAGUGCCCACCAACAAGCCAAUUCGACGCCCAAAGCCCUCACAAAUUAGCCGCUGGGCUAAGGUAGUUGCCAAGAACUUUGAGGUUCCUGAUAGAGGGAACUACCAUAUUUUUGUAGUAAAUAAUAAUUCGGUAUGGAUUCCUCCCAAUAAGACAUCCAUUUAUAGAAGCUUGAAGCCGAGUGCGAAUUGAUAUCGAUGGACAAACAUUCAUACUUUUGCUUCCUCGUCGUCUCGAUCGUCACUGUCCUUGUAGUCUCUCGUUUCUGCUUUCCCAUUUUUGGAAACCUACCACCAGAAAACUUAAAUUAUGAAAAACAAAGCUUUGAAAAACACACUAUUCUCAUGUCCAAAGCCCCUCACCACCCACUCGAUCCACUCACUAUCCAAGAAAUCAACAAAGUUAGAGAAAUCCUAUCAAUUUAUGAGCCAUUUUCAAAUUCUUUUCCAACAAUUCACUCUCUAGCAAUGGAAGAACCAGAUAAAUCAUUAGUAUUGAACUGGAGGGUUGGCAACCCUCGUCCGCCACGACGAGCAGCCGUGAUUGCAACUCUCCACGACCUAGUCCAUGUACUUUCAAUAGAUCUCGAUCUACAUCGAGUCACUCGACACACGGUGAACCCGACGAGGGGAUACCCAAUGGUCACAAUGGAGGAGAUAACAAGUGCAAUGGAAGUAGCAUUGGCAAAUAGUGAGGUUCAAAAGAGCUUACUCGCACGUGGGGUGAAACUGAAGGAUGCAAAAUUCCUUACACCUUCACCAGGAUGGUUUGGAGCAGAGGAAGAAGGGAAGAGGAUUGUGAAAUUACAAUUCUACUCUCUUGAAGGCACAUCAAAUUUCUACAUGAGGCCAAUUGAAGGACUCACAAUAACAGUAGACCUCAACAUAAAAGAGGUAAUCAAAAUCUCAGACACUGGUAAAGGACUCCCAAUCCCAAGAAGCAAAAACACAGAGUAUCAAUACAAUGGCGAAACAGAGCCACCAGAAAUCAAGCCAAUUAACCCCAUAUCAAUAGAGCAACCAAAAGGUCCAAGCUUUACAGUGGAAAAUGGACAUAUAGUCAAAUGGGCUAACUGGGAAUUGCAUAUAAAGCCAGACCAACGAGCAGGAAUGGUAAUUUCAAAGGCUAUGGUGAGAGAUUCAGAAACAGGGGAGCUCCGAAAUGUGAUGUAUAAAGGGUUUUCAUCAGAGCUUUUUGUGCCGUACAUGGAUUUUGAUGAACAUUGGUAUUUCAAGACAUUUAUGGAUGCUGGAGAGUAUGGAUUAGGAUUGUUGUCGAUGCCGCUGGUGCCGUUGAAUGAUUGUCCAAGGAACUCGUAUUAUAUGGAUGCUGUGUUUGUGGAUGGAGAUGGGAAGCCGUAUGUUCAAGAAAAUAUAAUAUGCGUUUUUGAGAGAUAUGCUGGAGAUAUCAGUUGGCGCCAUUCUGAUAGCCUUCUCCCAAAUGGAGAAGCACCUCGAGAAUCAAGACAAAAAGUAACACUUGUGGCUCGCAUGACAUCAACCGUGGGAAAUUAUGACUACAUUAUUGAUUGGGAGUUUCAAACAGAUGGCUUAAUUCGUGUGGAGGUUGGGCUUUCAGGCAUGCUAAUGAUAAAAGCCACCCCGCAAGACUUUGUACACGUCAAAGACGAUGAAACGUUUGAGCCGUUGGUUUCAGAAAAUGCGAUUGGAGUGGUUCAUGACCACUACAUUACAUUUUAUCUUGACAUGGAUGUGGAUGGUGUGAAUAAUUCAUUUGUAAACAUUGAUCUUAUUAAAGAAGAAGUUAAAUCUCUAAAAUCACCAAGGAAGAGCAUCUACAAACCAUAUAGAAAAGUGGCUAAAAAGGAAGAUGAUGCGAAAGUUAAGCUUAGCCUUUAUAAUCCCUCGGAAUUUCAUGUGGUGAAUCCAAGCAAAUUGUCGAGAUUGGGAAACCCAUCGGGGUACAAGCUUGUCCCUACAGCCACAGCUGCUAGUUUGCUUGAUUUGCAUGAUCCACCACAAAUCAGAAGUGCUUUCACCAAUAACCAGAUUUGGGUGACUCCAUACAACAAAAAUGAGCAAUGGGCCGGUGGGCUUUUGACGUACCAGAGCAGGGGAGAUGACACACUAGCGAGCUGGUCUAAAAGAAACCGUCCGAUCGAGAAUACAGACAUAGUAGUGUGGUAUACUUUAGGGUUUCAUCACGUGCCAUGCCAAGAAGAUUUCCCCGUAAUGCCGACUGUGUCCUCCAGCUUUGAUCUAAAGCCCGUCAAUUUCUUCGACAGAAAUCCCAUUCUUCGGGCAGCCCCCGCUUCCUUUGAUGACCUGCCCGUCUGUAGUGUUCGAUCUUCUAUAAACAUAUAGGUUUGAUACUCGAGUCCAAAUGGAUAUAUGUUGUAUUGAGUGAAUUUAGCUUCCCCCCUCUUUUUUUUUUUCUUUUUUUUAAUGAGAGGUUGGAUCACCUAUCCCUAUAAUUAUUGUACUAAAUAAAAAGGUUUUAUAAAAGCCUAUUUAGAUUGGUGUACCUAGAACAAUGGAAAUAAAAUAUAUUACUGAAUAA